AUGUCAGCACGCAGACGUCACGUCGUAGGGCCCGUGGCGAAUCGCGACCUUGCGUGCUCGGGCGGCUCGCGGCACUAUCACGAUGAAGACGGAGCGAGCGGCAGAUUGCUGAGCGAGGAGACUGUCGAUUUCGAGGGUGGCGAGCUACCGACGACGACGACGACGACGACGAUGACAUCCCGCGACAGGACCAACGAGUUCGCCAACGCGAUCCGCUCCAUGCAGAGCAGGGCCGUGGCGCGCACCGCCGUGAACCUGCAAAAUCCGCGCCGCGCACGCCAGAUACAGAGCUACUCGAACUUCAUGAUGAUAGCCAAGAACAUUGGCAAGAACAUCGCCAGCACGUACGCCAAGCUGGAGAAACUUGCCCUAUUGGCCAAGAGAAAAUCCAUAUUCAACGACAGACAAAUGGAGAUUGAGGAGCUUACGAAUAUUAUAAAAACAGACCUAAAAAGCUUGAAUCUUCAAAUCGGGAAACUGCAGGAGCUCGGAAAGUCCCAAAGAGAAAGCUACGGCUCCUCCCCGAGUCAUCACAUUGCCUCGCAUUCCUCCUCGAUUGUGAUGGCAUUGCAAUCAAAGCUAGCUAAUAUGUCUAAUCAUUUCAAAAGUGUCUUGGAAGUUCGUUCUGAGAAUAUGAGAGAGGAGCAAAGUAGGAGACAGCAGUUCACUCAAGGGUCUCUGUCCACUAUGCUUCCCCCGAGUGUCGUUUCUGGAAAACAAGGUUCCUUGUUGCUGCAAGAAGAAAUUUCGGGUAAUUCAGUUGCGAUAGAUCUUGAACCUGCGAUGAGUCAGCAGUUACAACAACAAUUUAUACAAGAUGAUACUGAUGCGUACGUGCAAUCGAGAGCUGAAACAAUGCAGAACAUAGAAUCUACUAUAGUUGAAUUAGGGGGUAUUUUCCAGCAAUUGGCGCAUAUGGUUAAGGAACAAGAAGAAAUGGUUGAAAGGAUAGAUAGCAAUAUAGAAGAUACUGAGCUAAACGUGGAAGCUGCGCACACCGAAAUACUGAAGUACUUUCAGUCUGUGACAAGCAAUAGGUGGCUAAUGAUAAAGAUAUUUGCGGUCCUGAUAUUUUUCUUUAUAUUUUUUGUAGUGUUUUUAGCGUAACCCUACCGAUAAUUUGUAUUUAUAAUAUCAUUACACGCGUUAUCAUCCAUAUCCACUAUUUGUGAUAUAACGAACAGAGAGAAAACGGUUUUUAUAUAAAGUUGCGAUAUACGGUGGAGCAAAAAAGUAUUUGCACAACCCAGUUUUCUUACAAUAACUUUAUUCGAAGGAAUAAUACAUUGUGUUCACGAGUAACUUAUUACCUAUACCGUAUGUAAUAAAUUACUUAUGUACACCAAUUCGUACUUAUGUAUUAUUCCUUCGAAUAAAGUUAGUGUAAGAAAACUGGAUGUGCAAAUACUUUUUUGAUCCACUGUACGUACAGGCUAAAAUGAAAGAUAUUACGCGCAUUCCUCACCCUUUCCCUGAAUUGUGAAUAUUGUAAGUACAUUUAAAUAUUACAUUACUUGUAUAUCUCGCAUUUCACUGAAUAUAAAAUGUAAAAAGGAAAUAUUUCUAUAGAUAAUAAAUACAUAAUUUUCAUUUUUGAGGGCAAACGAUUUUACAACUAAGUUAAAUUUUACAAAUUGCGUUUUAUAACGAAUAUAAGCAUCGAAAAUAAAAGAUGAUUUAUAUAUA